GCUCCUGGGCUGACGGCUGAGGUAAGAGGAGCGCGCGCGCGACGUUGGGUGUAGUCGCCCCGCCCACCCCGAGCUCCUUCCUUCCGGCCACCAUCUUGCGCCCCUCCGCGUGUGUGCGCUCCGAUCCGCGCUCCCUGCCCUGCCAGGACAGUGCCGCUUCCGCCCGGGAAGAUGAAAGAAACAAUCAUGAAUCAAGAAAAACUAGCCAAACUCCAGGCUCAAGUGCGCAUUGGGGGAAAGGGAACUGCCCGCAGAAAGAAGAAGGUUGUCCACAGAACAGCUACAGCAGAUGACAAGAAACUUCAGUUCUCCUUAAAGAAACUGGGAGUCAACAACAUUUCUGGUAUUGAAGAGGUAAAUAUGUUUACCAACCAGGGAACAGUCAUCCACUUCAACAACCCUAAAGUUCAGGCAUCUCUGGCUGCUAACACUUUCACUAUCACAGGCCAUGCUGAGACAAAGCAGCUGACGGAAAUGCUUCCCAGCAUCUUAAACCAGCUUGGAGCGGACAGUCUGACUAGCUUGAGGAGAUUGGCAGAGGCUCUACCCAAGCAACCUGUGGAUGGAAAAGCACCACUUGCUACUGGAGAGGAUGAUGAUGAUGAAGUUCCAGAUCUUGUUGAAAAUUUUGAUGAAGCUUCAAAGAAUGAGGCAAACUGAACUAAAUGUCACUUUCUGAAUAAAAUUAAAAACUUGAAAAAAGCUACAUGAGCUGCUAUUUUAUAUUGUGACUUUUUAUUUGUAAUUUUUUGUAUUAUGUUUACUGAUCUGAUAGUCUAAAAUCUGUAAUAUUUGGAAACUCCUUGAACAUUGCAGCUCUUUUCUGUUAUUGCUCGUACACAACAUUAUCUUUGCAGCCUGGUUGAACUGAACAAACCUAAAAAUUAGUAUAAAAUCAAAUUGCUAACAAAAUCUUUGCCUAUACAGUUAAUUUUCUGAAUAACUUGUAUACAAGCAAAAACCUGGCGUUAGUGAGUUUUGGCAUAUAAUAAAAGAUGUAAAAUUGAAAA